CAUCCUAGUCGUUGCUAGUACUUUUAAAUAAAAAUGGACUUUGAAUACAAAUACCUCUUCAAGCUGCUCAUGCUCGGCGACGCCGGAGUGGGAAAGUCCUGUCUGUUGAUGCGCUUCGCGGAUAAAAGAUACACGGGCCAAUAUAUUUGCACUGUCGGCAUCGACUUCAAGGUUCGCACCAUUGAGGUGGCCGGACAAAUGGUGAAGCUACAGAUCUGGGAUACGGCGGGUGAGGAGCGUUUUCGUUCGGUCAUCACCUCCUACUAUAGGGGGGCGCAUGGUGUGUUCCUUGUCUACGAUACGACCCAUCGUCAGAGCUAUCGGAACAUCGAUGUGUGGCUGCGCGAGAUCGGACGGCAUACGAACAACAACAUCAACAUCAUGCUGGUGGGUAACAAAUGCGACAUCAUUGGGCAGCGACAGGUGAGCCACCAAGGGGCAGCCAUGUAUGCCGAAAGCCUCGGUAUUCCCUUUAUGGAGACCUCUGCUCGGAGCGGUGCUAAUGUGGAGGAAGUAUUCAUAAGCAUGGCAGUCAACGUUUUCAAUCGUCUCACACUGCCAUCCAACAUUCAUCUCAGCAAUCACAGCAUGCGCAGACAGCCUUCGAAAACUCAGGCCAAGGCUCAACAGGCUCUAGGAUCUGCCACCGCUCACAAGGGUACGAUUCGUCUGAGCCCGCUGAAGAAGCGGACGAGCAGCCGGGAAAGAGAUCUCUGCUGCUAGUAGAAAUAAAAACUAUAUAUUUUGUACUUGUAUACUCUUCAAAAUACCU